AUGGUGAAGAGAAAAAUUUACAAACGAUCUCGACUCAAGCAGUCCCUGGAUCAAUCCCAAGACAGUUUAUUACAAAAAUCAGAUACUUCUAACGAGGUCGAUUGCGUGGAAGUUAAAUGUACUCCACUUAAAAGGAUGUCGAGAUCCACUGAACAACUUUUGCAUCAAAGAUCUCCGGAAUCUGUACUCUUCGAACUUAAGCAACCUGAUUUGUCAUGCUACGACGAUCUAAGCCCAGAAAUCGUACCCAAACUUCGUCGAAUGAGAUUAGAUUUAAAUGAAUCGGAUAACAAAGAGGAAGAAGAGGAUAUUAAACAAAAGGAACCAGAAUUGAUCGAAGUAAAACAGACGAAAAAUUUUUUCAAGCAAAAUGUCGACAAGCCUGCGGAAGAAUGCUUCUCGUUGGAGAAGACUUUGUCGAUGAACGACGAAAUAAAAUUAGAAAUGAAUGACUGCCAGUCUUUGCGGGAGGAAAGAUCUUUCUCAAAGAUUAGACUCGACGAUUAUGCUUGCGAUAUUGAGCUUCGUUCCUCUAAAUCGGCCCGUGACUUUCCUUAUGGCUACACUUCAGAACCAGCAACGCAAUUUGCCACUUGCAAUUCAAAAUUAAAGCCUCGGAAUGAACUCCAUAAUUUUCUGGGCAAAUUUCAAACGACUGCUUGCGAGUCUAUCGAUCAAUAUGAAGAAAAAUGGAGCGUGAGAAAUGGCCAGGACCCGAUAAACGGCACGAGGUUUGAAAUAGUGAACGAGAAGGAUCCGCAGUAUUCAAGUGGAAAUCAAUUUACCAAGAAUUGGACCGAAUGUAGACGAAUUCUUUCAAAUUUACGACAAUUGAACAGCUUCAAGAUUCGAACGGGAAAUCAGGAAUUCUUUGGGAAUCUUCUACCCAAAUAUAAAAAAUGCGACGAAACAAGAAUACUGCAAACAAAUUCUUGUAAUACAUUAUCUUCGUUGGCUUCGAACGAACUAAUGAACAAGCGUCAUUUCGCAGAUGAAACGGACAAGACCGAUAAUAAAAUCGACGAUAUGCGAGAUUACAGGGAAAUAAAGGCUGAUAUGACGAGAAUUAGAACUCGCUCGAUAACUUCCUGCAGUGGUUCUCCACCGCCUGCCAAAAAAUGUCGGACUAUGCUUAAAUUUGACGACGAAGAGGACAUAGAAAGGCCACGGGAGCCUGUUGCUUCCGUUAGAAUUGUUGAUUUAUUACCAGAGCAAGAGAAAAAUGUUCAAAAUUACUUUUGUCCGAAUACGAUGAUAACAAAAGCGUCUUGGAGUGCAGGCAGCUCUGAAUCGUUUAUCACUUCGACUUUGAAUCUUCCAGCUGUGUCAAAUUCUGAUAGCUACAGCGCGUGUCUCAAAAAUGAUUGUAACGUAAAUUAUUGCUUGCAGUCCGUAGGUAAUAGCUUUCAAAUGAACAAAAGCUUCCGAAGACUUCAAUCUGUCAAGAAGCCUGUUGCCAAAAUCGUUCUGUUCUGUGUCUGGAUAAUAAAAAGAAUGACAGCUGUACUAAAAGAAAGUUACGGGAACCUCAAGCGAGCUGCUUCAAAAUCAAUGAAUCGGCAAAUGGAGGAGCUCAGUCAAGUUGUGGUAACCGUACGCUCAGAGAACGAACAAAUGACUAAUACAUUGCUGGAAAAAGUCACUCGUUUAUCUGAGCAAAUUAGUCAGGUGCGUGCAAGCAACGCAACCGCCAUCGAUGCUUUAACCGCAGAGGUCAGCGGCAUGCAAGACGUCGCGAAGAAGCUAACCGAAAGUAACGAGACAUUGAUGCAGGAACUGCAAAGGUUGCACCAAUCGUUGAAGAACAUGCGAUCGAAAUCUCCAAAGAAAUUGUCACCUCCUUCACCGUCAAUUUCACUAUCAUCCAAUUCAUCGGCUGUUCCUCCCCCACCACCUCCUCCUCCUCCUCCUCCUCCUCCUCCUCCUUUACCACUACUACUACCAUUAGCUCCUCCACUUCUGUCAACGCAGUCUCCGGCGCAACUGAUUACACCAACCACACCGAACAGCAGCAGCAGCAGAAGCGUCAGGACGCCCUCGAGAAAGUGCUCGACACCACUAUUUAAUAGGCCGGCUAUAACCGUCGAGGAUUUGCUGAAGGUGACCCUAAAAAAAGCACCGCAGAACGUUAAGGAGAAUAGAAGAAACACUAUACCAGGACCGAAGGGGCCAGUGGUUUCCUUGGACAUGCUACAUAGUGUAAAACUGAAGUCUGCCAGGCGCAGAACGACCGAUCAGAUCACUAGGUCUCCAAGGAGCGGACAAAUACUCAAAACACGGACAGUACCGAGCCUCAGCUUGUCUCCGAUCAUGAAGAGUACAGAUAAUUCACUGGGACGAAUCCUGAAGCAGGUGGAUGUUAAUAAACGGCCACGACGUCUGUUGUCCAGUUCAAGUUUCCGUGAGAACAUUAUCGGUAGAGAUAAUCAGUCGCAGAACGUGGAAGAUAAUGGAUCACAAUCGAUGAUUGCAUAAGCGUGGUACAAUUGUAAAUAAUCGCAGAUUUAAGAAAUUUUAUACAAUCGAUAUAUAUAUAUAUAGAAGACGUGCGUACAAUUUUAAUGAAUUAAGUUAUUCUGUAAUGAAAUAAUCGACACAAGACAGAGAUCGGGUCAUCUAAGAUGUUUGUUCUUUUUUUUUUUUUUU